AACCGGAAGUAGGGUUAGGUCGAGUUCCGGGUGUGACUCCUCCGGUAAAACUCAGAGAGCAAAGCGCAGCAACUGGAAGGUGUUGCUGCAGAGUGAAGAUGUUUCGGAUCGAGGGCCUUGCACCGAAGCUGGACCCUGAAGAAAUGAAACGGAAGAUGCGCGAGGAUGUGAUUUCCUCCGUACGGAACUUCCUCAUCUACGUAGCCCUGCUGCGAGUCACUCCAUUUAUCUUGAAGAAAUUGGACAGUAUAUGAAGAUGGGACAUCCUGUAUAAACAUAUGAUAGAAGAACCUGGCUACAGUUUCU